AUGACGGACCUUCACAGCGAACUACCCAACAUCACUCCAGAGAAGCUCACAAUGAUGAAGAUCAGAGCUGGUGGAUUCGAACAGGAUCUUCUUUCUGAACCUGGCACACCCAGUCGCGAGCGCGGGUCGAUGGCCUUCGGCCAUUCGAGCGACGCACGUUCAUCAUCAGUCACCCGCCGCACAAGUCGUGCGCUCAGCGGCUCGUCUCGCCGAAACUCCUUCAUGGCGUCGCACCGCAUCUCCGCGUCCAAGGAACUCACAUCUGGGGCUGAGGGCAAGUUCUUCGCCCUGAUGGACCUCAUGUCUACAGCUUCUCGGGAAGCUUCAUCACUCAAAGAAUCCUUCUCUCGCAUCAUCGCAGAGCGCGAUGCACUCUUCCGGGAGAGAGAGGAGCUUCUUGCGCGAGUGGAAGAAAUCACUGAGACCGUUGAGAUCAAGGAGCGCGAGCACUCCAGCCAUGGUCAUGAGGCGGAAGAGAGGAAGAGACAGGUUGAGAAGCUACUUGUCGAACUCUCGGUAGCUUUGGCCGCAGUUGCGGAACACAAGAAGCAUGUUGGUGACCGAGAUCGCCAACUCGAGCAAAUCCGCCUCGAGCUGGUGGAUCUGCAAGGCACUCUUUCUCACACGCACGGAGAACACAACAAGAUCAGAGCUGAGCUCGAAGCCCUGUUUCUCAAGUUCAAGGCUGCUGAACACGACCGUGACCAUGCUAGGGAGGAUGCUCUCAAACACCAUGGGGAUCUUCGCAACCUUCUACGCGAGCACACCGACUUGAAGAGCAAGUACUUCGACACCAACACCAAAUUCGAAACUUCUCGUAAGGACGUAGUGAUGCUUCAGGAGCGUAUCUUGGCCUGGGAACUCGAGCGGGAUGAACUUCUCCACGCGAAAGACCGCCUCAAUGAGGAUCACAAGAGGCUAAGGCUCAGGGCAGACGAUACAGCCCGAGAGCUACUUGAGCUGACUGAACGUCACGACCGUGUACAACGCGACUUCCACAAGUCGAAGGAGAUUCUACGUAUCGCCGAGGACGCGCGUGAUGAGUACCACCACACAAUCGACGUCCUACGUCGCGAACUCAAGGUCAAGUCUCUUGGUUGGGAAGAGGCUGAUCAACGGGUGGGCGAAAUCACACUUCAGCAUGAGCACAUCAAGAGAGAAGUCGUGUCGCUCAGGGAAAAGCUGUUAUUCGUUGAGACCGAGAGGAACGACCUUCGCGACCGCGCUGAGAGGUCGCGUGAGGAGCUGCGAGUGGUCGUCAUCGAGCGCGACCAGCUCAGGGACGAUGUGCAUGACGGAGGCCUAAAGAUUGCCGAUGGUCAUCGCCGCACCCAAGUCCUUGAAGAGGCGCUACGUCUUGCAGAGCUUGCCAUCGUCGAACACAAGUCAGACAUUCACAGCCUCAACAGCCGUAUCGCUGUUCAUGUCCGUGACGACGACGAGCACCGAUCCAGACAUGGGCAUUUGACCACCGAACUGGCAGCUCUCGGAGAGAGGCUUCUCAUUUUCCAAGCCGACAACCGCGCUUUGACUGAUGCUCGGGAUCGCGCUCAUCGUGACCUAGAGAGCUGGAGGUCUAAGUACGACGAGGUCACUGAGACCAUGACAGAGUACCAAGACGGCAGCGGCGAACUCGAGUUCGAGAUUGAGAGCAUGCGCACGCUGUUGCACGAGGUGCGCGAGGAGAAGGAGGUUGCUAUCUCAGCGCGUCACGCUGCCGAUCGCGAGAGGGAUGCCAUGUACGCCAAGUACGAAGAGAAGUGCAGGGAGAUGGAGAGGUUCAUUGAGGAGAGUGCGGCCAACUCUCUGGCGGCCAGCAGAAGUGCGAACAAGUCUUCGUUCUCGCGCACUGUAACCCACUCUUCGUCGGGCCAGCAGAACAGUGGUCACUCGCAUGGGCACAACGGUGGUUUCAGCUCCCCGUGAAUCGAAAAUCGGUGCAGUAUAAUUGAGUCUCCAGGACCACUACAUAAUGGGAAUUUGUGGUUGGAAUAUCGUUUGUGGCUACCUGCCCCACGAUAUGAAGCUCCACUCGGGUCAAGAGGUCGUCGCCCUGACUAAAGGGUGGGAAAAAGUCAGCGUUGUUACUAGUUUUGCA